CAGGGGAACCAGCAGCUUGAUCGGCUGCGGCGGACGGAGACGUUCGGCACUCACGACCGACGGACGGACAGCUACUUGGCCGAGCGUGGGCUUCCCCAGCACGGAGAGCCUGGUUGGCCAGGACCCGCUCGACUCGUAUCGUUACCGGAGAUCUGCGCCUCUGUCGGGCGCCUAUGUGUUGCCAACCCGAGGCCUGGAGUAGCACCUGAUCCUCGACAAGUUUACAGCGCCGGGGCAAAGUUCUCGGUUUACGGGCAGCGCAGCCACCGCUGCUCCAGCGGAGUUCCAUCUCCAAGCAGCUCUCCCUCUCCCUCCCCCUCCUCCGCCCCGUCCUCCACGGCCAGCUACCAGCGUCACUAUCGGCGCACAGUCAGUAGCUCUGUGCUGGGUCUCCAGGUGAGGAGGGUCCCCCCCAAUGCUCGGGGUAACACAACAAGCUGCCAUGGAUUAUUCUGUGCCAUCGUGUCGUUUUGGACUCGAGUGAACCCUCGAUGACUGUUUCUUUCCGGGGACGCUGCAAGACUUCCCCAAUCCCCGCAGCCAGUCUCCUCGCAGCGGUUAGCUUGUCAAGCACAUCGCUGCCUGAAGCCGAGCCAGUGCUAGCCGUUGGUGCCAGCUGCUCACCGCGUUUGCUGCUGACAACCGGGACAUUUAACGUGUCCGCCAAACUGGAGGAACCCAACUUGGAUGCAUAGUGAGAUUCAUCUCCAUACACGCUACUCGGUAGUUAGCCUACUGGUUAGCAGGUUUCAUUUUUUCCGCUAGCUAGCGCGGAAGCUAACUAGCAGGCGAACCCAAAUAUCGACAUUGCAAGCGGGCUAAAGCGAGCUAGCUCUCUGGCGUUGAGGAUUUGGCUCGAGGUUAGUUGAUGACGCCCACCUGUUUGGGUUGGAUUGGGUGCUAAACCCCUCGGAGUGUCUCAACGCGUCUUUCUCGGGCGACAUUUUUAGUACAUGUGUGUGUGAGCGGCAGAGAGAGAUUGAUGAGUUGAUAAGCAGGAACAUUGCAGCCUACACAGGAAGCCAGCAACAACGACGGCAACACAAACACGACCGCGGUGUGUGGAGUCCUUCUUGCGGGGGGAUGUAGAUCCAUAGUCCCGACCCGACUCAAACCUGUGCUUGCGUGGUUAUAGCUGUGCCAAAACGCGCCUGAGAGACUUGCGUGUUUUCUUGUUUGUAUGUGCGCACAAGCCGAGACACAUCCAGGACAUCGGCGGUGGACACUUCAACCUGUCGCCCACUGUCCCCCCCACCUGAGCCCCCUUCAUUUUACCACCUCUCUGAGACCAAGAGAAAAGACCCGACCACACGUGUUGUUCUAACCAACGUAAGACUGUUUUUUUUGUUGGUUUCCAGACACGGAAGGAGCUAAGUGUUUUUUUUCUUCUGUCGGCGUGUGUUUACACUUUGAGGGAAAAUCCCAGAAAACACAUGCUGCACUGGAGACAGACCCGCCGUGUGGACACAUUUCCGUGAGGAGGACCAGAGGAGUCCCCAGUGACCCGUGGGAUCUGACAGCUGUCCCCAGAGCCGACAUCUGGUGCACCUUCCCCUCGCUGUGAGACAGAUUACUAAAAACCGAAGAGGAGCUGGCCUCACAGACAGAUCUCAUCAGCUUUUCCUUUCAUUGUUUGCCACCCCCCAGAAGCCCGCAUGCAUUUUGUGUCUCCCAUUCUGCACUAAAUGGGAUUACAAGGACGGUGAUCAGGCGGGCCCCGUGACUGUCGUUUCUCACCUAACCUGUCACCCAAUGUCUCUCUCCCUGAAUUUCCCCUUUUCUUUUGCAACAAUGGCAGUUUGAGGCGAGGUGAACACACCGCAGCCAGAGACAGCGACGCGGUUCCAGUCGAUUGUCCGCCCCGCCGUCACGCACCUCGGCCCUUGAUGUUGGUCACAUCUGACGCCGGACCCAAUUUUGUAAUUCCCUGAAACCAAACCAUCCCCGUCUCCGGUUCUUGUAUCAGCUGUGGUCGCACCAGGGUCGAAAGAUGGCGGACCUCGAAGCGGUACUCGCCGAUGUCAGUUAUUUGAUGGCGAUGGAGAAGAGCAAGUCUACACCGGCGGCCCGGGCGAGCAAGAAGAUCAUCCUGCCCGAGCCCAGUAUUCGCAGUGUGAUGCAGAAGUACCUGGAGGAGAGAGAUGAACUGACAUUUGACAAAAUCUUCAACCAGAAAAUUGGCUUCUUACUCUUCAAGGACUUCUGCUUGAAUGAGAUUGACGAGGCUGUGCCACAGCUCAAGUUCUACGAAGAAAUUAAGGACUACGAGAAGCUGGACUCGGAGGAGGAGAGGUUGAGCCGCAGCCGACAGAUUUACGACGGCUAUAUCAUGAAGGAGCUCCUGUCCUGUUCACAUCCGUUCUCUAAGAAAGCAGUGGACCAUGUGCAGAGUCACUUGGCAAAAAAACAGGUUCCCCCAACUCUCUUCCAGCCAUACAUAGUGGAGAUCUGUGACAGCCUGAGAGGGAAUAUCUUCCAGAAGUUCAUUGAGAGUGAUAAGUUUACUCGCUUUUGCCAGUGGAAGAAUGUGGAGCUCAACAUUCACCUGACCAUGAAUGACUUCAGUGUGCAUCGGAUCAUCGGCAGGGGUGGCUUCGGAGAGGUGUAUGGCUGCAGGAAGGCCGACACAGGGAAGAUGUAUGCCAUGAAGUGUUUGGACAAGAAGAGGAUCAAGAUGAAGCAGGGGGAGACUCUAGCACUCAAUGAGAGAAUCAUGCUGUCAUUAGUCAGCACAGGGGACUGCCCAUUCAUUGUAUGUAUGACGUACGCCUUUCACACCCCUGACAAGCUGUGCUUCAUCCUGGACCUCAUGAACGGAGGAGACCUGCACUACCAUCUGUCUCAGCACGGCGUUUUCAGUGAGAAAGAGAUGCGUUUCUAUGCGGCUGAAAUCAUCCUGGGUCUGGAACACAUGCACAACCGAUUCGUUGUCUACAGAGACCUGAAGCCAGCCAAUAUUCUACUGGAUGAACACGGCCAUGUUCGUAUCUCCGACCUCGGCCUUGCCUGCGACUUCUCCAAGAGGAAACCCCACGCCAGUGUCGGUACUCAUGGUUACAUGGCUCCAGAGGUUCUUCAGAAGGGGACGGCGUACGACAGCAGCGCAGACUGGUUCUCCUUAGGCUGCAUGCUCUUCAAACUCCUCCGAGGGCACAGUCCAUUCAGACAGCACAAGACCAAAGACAAGCAUGAGAUUGACCGCAUGACCCUCACCAUGAAUGUGGAGCUGCCAGACUCUUUCACUGCAGAGCUCAAAGAUCUGCUGGAGGGGCUGCUGCAGAGGGAUGUGUCCAAGAGGCUCGGCUGCCAGGGCCGAGGAGCCCCUGAGGUGAAGGAGCAUCAGUUUUUCAAAGGCAUUGACUGGCAGCAGGUGUACCUCCAGAAGUACUCUCCCCCGCUAAUCCCCCCGAGGGGAGAGGUGAACGCCGCAGAUGCUUUUGACAUAGGCUCUUUUGAUGAGGAGGAUACCAAGGGCAUCAAGUUGCUGGACAGUGACCAGGAGCUGUACAAGAACUUUCCUCUGGUCAUUUCGGAGCGCUGGCAGCAGGAGGUGGCAGAGACCGUCUACGAGGCCGUCAACUCGGACACAGACAAGAGCGAGGCUCGCAAGAGGGCUAAGAACAAGCAGCUGGGGCACGAGGAGGACUACGCCCUGGGUAAAGACUGCAUAAUGCACGGCUACAUGUUGAAGCUGGGGAACCCGUUCCUAACUCAGUGGCAGCGUCGAUACUUCUAUCUCUUCCCCAAUCGUGUGGAGUGGAGGGGGGAGGGCGAGUCGCGGCAAAACCUGCUGACAAUGGAGCAGAUAGUGACGGUGGAGGAAACGCAGAUUAAAGACAAGAAAUGUAUCCUGCUGCGCAUCAAAGGAGGGAAGCAGUUUGUGCUGCAGUGUGAGAGUGAUCCCGAGUUUGUGCAGUGGAAGAAAGAGCUGACUGAAGCGUUCACAGAAGCCCAGAAGCUACUGCGUCGUGCCCCAAAAGUCAUCGGGAAAGGGCGGGCCGGAGUGGUGGAGCUCUCCAAACCUCCCCUCACGCACCGCAAUAGCAAUGGCCUGUGAAUACACACACACAUAUACACACACAUAUUUAUAUAUAUAUACACACAUAUAUAUAUAUAUAAAUACACAGAACACACACACACUUUCACACAAACACAAACUGCAAUCCACCUCCCUCCCUUCCCCCCUCCUCAUCAGCCACAUGACAUUUGCUCUGACGCCUUCCCACCGAUCGCCCACGACGCCUCGCAGUGUGUCAGCGGAGCAUGCCCACCAGCCUCUUGCAGAACACACACUUUCAACAUGACGACCAAUCAUGAGCACGAUAUAGUUUUUUUGGACCUUGCCAGUCAUGGUGAGGAAGAAAGGACAAGGCAAGGAGAGAGACAACAUUCAGGAGGACCCUGCACGUGAAGAAUCUCUGCAUUAAAGUGACUCGGAUGUAACGCUCCUCUCUUUCCCUUUAUCACUCCCCUCCCCUUGUCCCCCCCACCACUACCCACCUUGCUAUGUUUGAAUCAGGUGAAUUCGUAACCAGGACCCGCAGUAGCCUGGCAGACUCCUCGAAAAGCCCACGGAGCUAAAGCUCUGAUUACUGUCGCUCAGCUGAGAUGAGACCAGGCUUUACUGGGGAAUGUAUUUUUGCGAGAGAGACAAAAAGGCUGCUCCACUGGUUCUUCUCACCCCUCCCUCUAACCAUUUCUCCCUGCAUUAUUACAUUAAGUGCAUAAAGUGCCAACAUCAAUAUUUACUUGAGUCACCUGAGCACCCAGAAAGACCUGCUCUGUGGCAGAUGCCCCCCACCCCUCCCAACCAGUCCAGACACACAGAGGAGGGGGGUUUUCUGCAGUAGUGGGGAUGGUUGAUCAUUCCAGUGCAGAAAACCGGAAGUACAAGGACCACAGACUCUUUCAGAUUGGCUCUUGUAUAGCCAGUUACCAUAGAGACUGAUAUUUCAUUGGCUGACAAACUGCAGCUGGUUGCUAUGGGAACCAUGAAGACUGGUAUACAUGGGAAUUGGUAACCACAGCGACGAUAUAACUAUUGUGUAUGAAGGCUACACUUGCAGAGAAAGAGAUGAUAGCGAAUGUAGGGGAGGGAGGGGCGGAGGAAGAGAGGAAGAGUGUAUAUAAACAACCCUUUCUCUGUGCAUCUCCAGUGUUCUAGUCUAACGUGUUUGCAUUAUCGGUGACUUCUCUGUCUGCCUGUUUGUGAAUCUGUCCUGGCUUUUAGGGAAGAGGAAGAGGAAGAGGCUUUUUUUCCUCCUGGGAGGGGGAGGUUGGGUGGGGGAGGGAGGAUGGGGACAGGCAGAAGCGUGACAGCUUUCAGUCACUGGCGUCGCUGCAUUAGCUCAGUUGGACUGCGUGUGUUUGAAUUCGAGGAGGGGAAAUCCUCUUAAGGGUCAAACAACACGCUCUGUGUUGGUGUACGGCAGCGUGCGCCUCGUAUCUCCAUCUCAGUGGCAAGUGGAAGUAACGGUUCACCUUGCCCCUCACACACAGUCGCCACCGUAGGUUUACGAUUGCAGUCGGUCGGUUGUGGAAGUUGUGGUUGCAGUGAGGGAAAUAAAGAGGAAGAUCUGAAACUAAUUAAAGGAGUAAUCCACCUUCAAACAGACCAAACACAAUGAUGUUAGCGGCAUUUCAGUUUUUGUUUUUUUUCUUCUUUUCUUGAAAGCUAGUUUUUGUGCCGAUUCCUUCAACCUGCGUCAUCUGCAUAUUUUCCUGUAUUGGUCGAAUUGGCCUACAUUUCCCUAAAUGCCUGUGGACAGCAGCUAGUCGCUUGUCCUUCUCCGUGUUAAGAGCAGAGGGAGAAUAGUGAAAAGGUUUUUUCCAGUAGAAAAAUCAAGAAACAUUAUAUUGAGCUGGUCUGUGGAUUAAUCUGCCCUUCCUUUUCUACAUCUAUAUUUAAUGGUUCUAUUAACUAGCAAAUUCCUGUUAUAAUACCUCACAAUCUGGUGAGAUGUAUUCAUAAUUCCCCAGAAAUACUGUUUACAAUCACAUGUGACAAAAAAGGCAUAAAAUCUGGAGUUUACGGUUCAUAUUCUAAGAAAAGGGAGCAUCCACCACACCAGUGUUUCUCUAUGGCCAGGAAGGUGAAGGUGAAGGUAAAGCUCCUGCUGUGUGACUCAGAAACAAAAGUCGAUGUGACUUCGCUGUUGCAAAGAGCUUAAAUCGCCGCUCUGACCAUAACGGAUGCAUGUUAGUGUGACGUCAGCCUGCUCACAUGAAGAAAACACAUCAACAGCAGUGUUUCAGGGUGGACUUUUCCUCUGUCUUUCUCUAUGAUCUUACGCUCCUGAAUGGGACCCUUUUUUUGUCUUACCUUCUAAUUAUCGGGAGCUUUCACGGUUUCACCCGCAUUGUCGUCGACCUCGUUGAAGUUUGUAGGCGGAGGGCAGAAACGCGCACAAUCGUAGUGCUGAAGAACACACAGCAGAGCAGUGGGAACAGGAACUAGUGUCUUUAUAAAUUUCAGGGUUAUAAUUAGUCUUCAUGCAGUACAGUGUCCUUGUCUGUGAUGUCCAUGCAUUUCCACAGCUGUGAUGUAUGACCUGCAGUAGGAAAAGGGUUGAUUAGGGGUGCAUUGUGAUUAUUAUUUUUUUCUUUGUAGCAUUUACCAGUCAGGGGGAGAUAUAAUGAUCUUAUAGAGAAAUGUUGUCACCUCUCAAGGUGUCUUUUAUUUUUGUAAACCAAAAUGGUUUUUAUUGUUUUCAUUGAAAUGUAUGUUGUUGCACCUUUUUAGCCCAAUGUGUUACUUAAUAGUUGUUAAAUGUGCCAAAUAACUGUUGCUGAUUGAGUGGAACCAAUGGGAGGCCUCGUUUUCUCAACUUUGGAACCUUCUCACAAUAGACAUGGCAGAGGUGUAGAUGAAAAGUAAAAAAUUGAAUACACAUAAAUACACACACACACAUAAACUUUGCGGUGGGAUUUUUGAAGGGUACAAAACUGUGACCAAACAUUUUCUGGAGAAGAGGAGUGUUUUUUUGUGUUUGCACGCUUUUUGGCUUUCUACCAUGUUGCCAUUGGGACACGCACACACAACACAACACACGUCGCCCAGCUCUACUCCCAACUUGCUCCUGAAGAGUUUUCUUUCACACUGUAUGUAUACCAUGUGAGUGUAAGAGCAUACCUGUGCGUCAUUAUCGCUUUGUAUGUACAUCCGGUGGAUUUUUUUUUCUUUUCUUGUCAUACACAGAUUUUCAGCACACGCUAACACACACACAAGACAAUUUAAAAAGGUUGGCAUAUAGGUGAAAAAAAAUCAAAGUAUAUAUAAAUAUAUGUGUAUAUGAAAUGACAAAAUGCUCUAGGUUUAUUUAAAAGAUUUAAUGUAGAAAACAAAAUGAACUUGUUCAGGGGAGGUCGUUUUUUUUUUUUUUGAUGUGAGUAUAAUUGUUUGUGGUGAAGACUUCAGCUCGAAUCUUGCACAUAAAGACUUUAGAUAUUGUACCUGCGAGUUCCAGAUGAUUAUUUUUGUUUGAAUACCGGACUCUUUGCUCUUUCAUAUUUAUUGCGUGUGUGGGGAGCUCUCUCUCCUCCACGUGUUGGAGCUCUCUGCCGAGAGCUCGCUGUAGAAAUCCUCCAAUUUGCGCCCAUCAGAAACUCUUUGUUUUGUUUUUCAUAUGCCACAGACAAACACAAAUACUACUGGCUUUGGGUUGUUAUUAUUACCAUUAAGGUUAUGAUAAUACUGAUAUAUAAUUGAGAAUAUUAUUCAAUGAUUAUUGGUAAAUUUAUUUUAUUUCAAAGAUUUGUUUUUAUUUUUUUUGCGACAGAUAGGAAGUUGCGUGUUGGACUGCUUGUAAAAACAGUUCAUGAAUAAAAAUACUUUUUCCGUGUU